GAGGCCGUCCCGGCUUGGAGAUUUCAGGGUUCCAGACAUGUCCGAGGUGAAGAGCCGGAAGAAGCCGGGGCCCAAGGGGGCUGCCGCCGAGCCCGAGAAGCGGAGCGACGGCAGGAAGAACCCCGAGGCGCGGGGCGGGGCGUGCUGGGCGGACCCCCGCACCGGGCUCAGCCUGCUGUCGCUGGCGGCGUGCCUGGGCCUGGCCUGGCUUGUAUUUCAACAAUCAGAAAAAUUUUCGAAGAUGGAAAGCCAAUACAAGUUACUGCAAAUAGAAAGCAGCGGGUUUCAAGGACUACAGAAUAAAAUCAGUUUAAUCUCAGACAAGCUUGAGUCUACUGAAAGUAUCCUGCAGGAAGCCACAGCAUCCAUGGCUUUGAUGACCCAGUUUGAACAGGAAGUAUCUGGCCUCCAAAGAUCCAUACAUGACAUUGAGAAUAGUGAAGAGAUACUCACACAAAAGAUGCAAAACCUUAGUGAGAAAUUCCAGAACAUUACAGAUUUCUGGAAGAGAACCCUGGCAGAAAUGAGCGAUAAUACAACCAUUUUCAAAUCAGAAGCAAAGCAUAUACAUUCUCAAGUUACCGUGAAAAUCAACUCAGCUGAGCAAGAAAUGAAAUUGCUCACAGAACGGCUAAAAGAUUUGGAAGACAGCACACUGCGAAACAUCAAAACAGUAAGCAGGCAAGAAGAGGAAGACCUUCUCCAAAUAGAGACACACCUCAGCUCUGACACAAAAGCAGUUGAGAAGCUAGAAGAAGAACAGCACUCACUCCUAGCCAGAGAUGCAGCUCUGACCAACAAACUCUCCAACUACGAACCCAAAGUUGAAGAAUGCAAGGCACAUUUGCCAGCUAUAGAAAAUGCAGUCCACUCUGUUCUCAGAGUCUCUCAGGAUCUGAUGGGGACAGAAAAGAAAAUGGAAGAGCUUACUAUGCAGAUGUUUAACAUGGAAGACGAUAUGCUAAGGGCAGUGUCUGAAAUAAUGGAGAUGCAGAAAACCCUUGAGGGAAUGCAGUAUGACAAUAGCAUAUUAAAGAUGCAAAACGAACUGGUUGUUCUGAAAGGAAAAAUUCAUGAUUUCAUAGCAUAUUCAGAUGCAAGAGAAAAGCAGGCUUUGGAGACAUACAACCUAGAGAAUAAGGGAACUGGCGAUCAUUAGGUCCACUGCCCAUCUCCCGAUGGACUCUUUACUAAGUGGGAAUGGGUCGGCUGCACAGUUCCAGUCAUUUGCCCCGACUCACUUUACUAGAGCACAAGUGGAGGAUGGACCACAUGGGGUAUAGACGUUUAUCUCUUUAAAAUCAAAACUGAUUUUCACCAUCUUAAAGAGCAAGAGCUCUCCUGGGAGGUGGUGGCACACACCUUUAAUCCCAGCACACAGAGGCAGCAACAGGUGGAUCUCUGAGUUCAAGGCCAGCCUGGUCUACAGAGGGAAUUCCAGGACAGUCAGGGCUACACAGAGAAACCCGGUCUCAAAAAACCAAAAGAAAGUAAAAGAGAAAGGGAGGAAGACACAAAGAAAAUGAAAAAAGAAAUAGUUCUAAAAUAUAUAUUGCUCUACAUUUCAGACAAUAUAUUUAAUAUUUGCAUGUCUUUCCAGUCAGUAUUUAACAGACAUUAUUAUUGACACUAUUAUGAAUUGUAUUUAUUCUACUAGAUACAUAUAUAUGUGUAUAUAGAUAUACAGAUACCCACAUAUAGAUAACUGUAGCAAAUAUUGAGACUAUUUACAUUUCACUAUGUGACCCUAGUUUUCUGUUUUUCAAACUGUGUCUGUUUCUCAUGCCUCUUCUAUCACCUGAUUUUGCAGUCAUUGAUAGCACACCUGCCUCUGCCAGUAUUUUCUAUUCAGACAACCAAGUUCAUAGGAAUUUUCUGCAAAAUAAAAGGUAAUGUGCCUGCUGCAGGAGAGCCUGGGGGUUCUUCUGUGAGGUAACGCCACAUUCUGAAAACUGGCGCCUGGGAAAUACUUUCCUUUUUGCAAAGGUUCUAAACUGUGUUACAGAAACUUGUAAGAAGCUUAAAAUGUGAGUAAAUAUGUUCUUACUUUAUCCUCAAUAACACCUUUUCUGGUAACUGGUUACGCUUUGAAGUUUGAGCUCAUGGAGUGUGUACUUUUGUGAACCUGAACUUUAAUUUCAGAAGUUUGCACUGUGUGAUAUUAGUGUUUACUACAUACAACCACGAGAUACCUAAAAAUAUACCAGUAAGCCUGUUUUAAAGAUAAAACAACAGAACUAUAAGUUGUGAUAAUUUAACAUAUUUAUGUUGUUAUUUUAAAGUUUCCUCAAUUUAUGAAACUAAGUUUGCUUUACAUACUGAUUUUAUUUUUUAAAAAAUUAGGGCUGGAGCUAGGCAUGGUGGCACAUGCCUUUAAUCCCAGCACUCAGGAGGCAAAGGCAAGCAGAUCUAUGAGUUCAAGGCCACCCUGUUCUACAUAGUGAGACUGCAUCUCAAAAAAAAUAAUGACAGUAGUAAUAAGGCUAGGAUAGCUCAUAAGUGAAGUGCUGGCCAUGAAAUUAUGAGGGCCUGACUUUACGCAGCACUGACAUAAAAGGCUGGGCCUAGCCGUGCUACCUGUAAUGCCAGCACUGGGAGGCAGAGAAGGACGCAAAUACUACAGGAGAAGACUAUCGAAAUAGCUGUGUCUUUAUAUUCCUUUGCUAAGAAAUUUGAGUUCGAGGCCAGCCUGGUCUACAGAGCAAGUUCCAAUACAGCCAAAGCUACACAAAGAAACCCUGUCUAGAAAAACUUAAAAAAAAAAAAAAAAAAAGAGGGCUGGAGAGAUGGCUCAGAGGUUAAGGAAACUGGCUGCUCUUCCAGAAGUCCUGAGUUCAAUUCCCAGCAACCACAUGAUGGCUCACAACCAUCCAUAAUGAGAUCUGAUGCCCUCUUCUGACCUGCAGAGAACAUUGUAUACAUAAUUAGUGAAUAAAUCUUAAAAAAAAGAAAGAAAGGAAUUUGCUCUGGGGCUGAAGAGAUGACUCAAUGGUUAAGAGUACCGGUUGUUCUUAAAGAAGACAGGGGUUGAUUUCCUGCAUCCACAUGACGGCGCAUAACCAUCUGUAACUCAGCUUCCAGGGUAUCUAGAAUAUUCUUUUGGCUUCUGCAGACAUCAGGCAUGGCAUGCAUGUGGUGCACAGAACACAUGCAUAAAAUAAAAUAAAUGUUUUUAAUUUCCUAUUUACCAAAAUUGUCACUGGAGAGAUCUAGAUACAUUUACUGAAUCUUCCUUUUUUUCUUUGUUGUGUGAUUUGGAGCUUUUUAUUUUAUUUUUUGAGACAAGGUCUUGAUAUGUAGCCCAGAUUAGUCUUAUCUCACCAUCUCCCUGCUUCUGCAUCUCAGGUAAUAAGGGUCACAGGUAAAUGUAAUGGCACAGGCUUCAUUUUGUUGUAUUUUAUGAAAAUUACCAAUAUUCUAAUGCACAUUUUUGUAUCUCUGUCACUGAUAAUAAAUUUUAUAACAAUUGCUUAUAGAAA